GUUUUAGAUCCAAAAGCACCCUUUUGUUUUCUGGAAUCUUCUCUAUUACAUUUGGUGCUGUGAGUUGAUCUCUUCCAUGGAUGACGACUUCGAGUUCGGCGAUAAGGUCCCUCCCUCAUUUGAUCGCAUGCGAGAUGCGGUUAAGAAUGCUGAAGCCAAAGGGUUCAACCCAGGAUUGGUAGUACUGCUAGUUGUAGUGGGACUGCUGUUGAUAUUUCUAAUAGGCAAUAUUGUGCUUUACAUGUAUGCGCAGAAGAAUCUGCCCCCCAAAAAGAAGAAGCCCGUCUCCAAGAAGAAGAUGAAAAGAGAAAGACUGAAGCAAGGUGUCUCAGCACCAGGAGAGUAGAAAUUUAAGAAAUGGUUUUGGUUCUCCUCCGUGUUAAUUGUUAAACUGUCUGUGUGCAGAAUUUUUCUCCAGAUUUGGUGUCAAGAGAGUUGUCCAGUUAUUCACCGUGUUUCUUUCAUUGUCUUGGUUAGAAAUUUUAUCUCAUAAUUAGAAGUUAACCCUAUUCUUGGGUGGACUAGGAGGUAAAAAUGUUGUUUUUCCAUCAUAUGCAUGUUGAUUUUUCUCACGUCCUUUAGUGUCUUCAGUUGCUGCAGCAUUCUGGAUUUACCUCCCUCAUUAAUAACAAGAUGACCAUUUUAAUA